GCACGUGAACGCAGCACCGCUGCUACGAAGACAGUGAGGACAGUAGGCCGCUGGUGGACCGACACUCAGCGAUCAUGGGGAAGAAAAGUCGCCUCCCAGGAGGAACAGCGGGUCGUAGAACCAUCCUACAGCUUUCACCUUCCGGGCUGAGAGCUGGUAAUGCUGGAGAAAGAGAAGAAGGUCUCUCGGGUUCCGAUGAUGAACAAGAGGGUGAUGGACAAAGAUUCGUGAGAGAUAUACGCACAACCAUGAAGCAUCCCACAGUGAAAGCUACAGAGGGCUUGUCUUUGCUCGGCGCCUAUGAGGACAGUGAUGAUGAUGAUGCUGGAGACUCUCUGCGUUCAACUGCAAAUUCUCAACACAACCAAUCAACUGACAUCGACAGUACACUGGCCAACUUUAUGGCUGAAAUUGAUGCAAUAACCACUCAACCGAGUUCAGAUGAUACAGCUUCUCAUCCUUCAGCCCCAACUACCAACUUACCAAAACCUGAACCUGAUGGUCAGCAGCCAGCUGCCAAGGAGGACCAGAAUGAACAAAGCACAAAUUUUGAGUACAACACACAGUACUCACUGGCUGGAGUGGGUGUAGAGAUGGGAGACUGGCAGGAGGUUUGGGAUGAUAACUCUGGCUGCUAUUAUUACUGGAACACUGUGACCAACGAGGUGUUGUGGGAGCUGCCUCACUAUUUGGCUGAUCAGGUUCAAAGCCUUGGGCAGAACGCCAACAGCUCUAGUGUCAAUGGAAAUGGCACAGUGCAUGCAGGUUGUAAAACUGAGGAAAGUUCUCCAUCUGCUGCAGUCCUGACGUCGGAUAAAGAGCCCCAGGCAAAGGAGGUUAUUGAGAGUGUUGUGGGUCUCACAAGUGAAGAGGAGGAGCGCCGUGGAGUGGCUGCCUCUCUGCUUGGUCCUCUGAUCCCAUCUGAAGUUAAGCAAGCAGAGGAAAAAUGGAGAAAGAGACUGAUCAAAGGUUUGGAUGAGACUGAGAACAGUGUGGAUUCUGAUGGAGAAGGUGUUCACCUCGCAGGAUCUCCCUCCACCCCUCUGCGGGACCCUGACUCAGCUCCCACCGCCCCGAAAGAUGUUGGCACCAAAAAGCGAUCAAGAGAUAAUUCAGAUGCUGAGGAGGAGACAGAAGAAGACACAGUGGAGCUGGAACUUGCACUGGAACGGAAAAAGGCUGAGCUCCGGGCAUUGGAGGAGGGUGAUGGGAGUGCAGGGGGCUCUAGUCCUUGUUCUGAGACAAGCCAAGAUGCCUCUGGUGCUCGAGGACCUCUACUGAAGAAAAACAGGUGGAAGACUGCCUUCCUCAAUGCUGCCAGCCCAGACUCUAACAGCAGAGGCUCAGACCUGCAGGACGGCACAGACCCAGCUCCUCCAAAAGUCCUGGACAGUGUUGCAGAAGUAGAAGACAAGGAAACGGACGAUGCUGAGGAGAAAUCAGGCUCCAAACUUCCAAUUAAAGAAGAGAUAGAAAUGGCUGAGCUCAAAGUAGAAACACCUGAGCUCAAGUUUCAGAUCGGACAGCUGGCUAACACCUUAACCAGCAAGAUGGAGUUCCUGGGGAUAAACAAGAAGGCGAUCUCAAACUUCCAGUUGCUUCUGCUACAAACUGAGACUCGGAUUGCUGACUGGAGGGAAGGCGCUCUGAAUGGGGUCUAUCUACGCCGCAGGCUGCAGGAAGCUGCUGAACACAUAAAAUAUUACGAACUUAACGCGACUCCUAAAGGCUGGUCCUGCCACUGGGACAGAGAGCACAGGCGGUAUUUCUAUGUGAAUGACCGAACCAGUACCUCCCAGUGGGACUUCCCAUCAGAGGACGACAAGGACGAUGAUCUGAAGGGAGCUCAAACACAGACGUCAGGCCAAGGGGAAACCAAAACAUCCUCUACAUCUGCUGAUGGAAUCACAGGAACUUCUCCUGCCCCACCUGCUCCUCCACAGCCCAGUGCUUCAUCCUUCUGGUCCCCAUCUCAGCCUCCUCUUCCUGACAGCCCACCUCCACCUUCCCACCACCCACCACCUCCACCUCUUCCCCCAGGCUCUCCACCUCCACCCCCUCCCCCACCAGACAGCGAUGGGGAAAUCAUGGAAGUGGAGAUGGAUGUGGAUGAUGACAAUGACGGGGAGCCUCCAGCCCCUGGAACCGAGGAAGACGGCACAGGGAGGCCUCCGUUGCCGCCAGGCACUGCCAGCAUGAAGAUUGUGGAGUCGACAGGUUCCUUUGGGAAGGGUCAGAAACGUAAGGCCAGUCAGCUGAAUAAGUCCAUCACUAUUGGAAGCAACCCCAUUCUCUACACCCAGCCUGCUGUCAGUGCAGCUCCCCUCAUGGCAGCCACUGCCUACUGGGCUGUGCCAACUGUCACUGCCCCUUUGGUCCAUUGUGAACCUCCUGCCCCACCUCUCCCAGUCCUGCCUCCUCAACCACCACUGCCUCCACCACAGCCGCCCAGUGAGCCCCCAGGAGUCAAAGCUCCACCCACAGAUAAGACCAAGAAAGUCAAGAAGGAUAAGUCAAAGAAGAGUAAGAUCAAAAUGCCAUCUCUGGUGAAGAAGUGGCAGAGCAUCCAGAAGGAGUUGGAUGAAGAAGAGAAGAGCAGCUCUAGUGACGAGGACAGAGAUCAACUCAACAAGAAGAACAUCGAGGACUGGAAACAAGCGCAGUUUGUGACGGGAAAAGCUUCAAAAAAUGCAAACUUUGAGGCACUUCCUGAUAACUGGCGGGAUCGGCUGAAGAAGCGGAAACUGACAAAUACCACGUAACAUUUGACCCGGGUCAUUCAUUGCCCUUUUGUUUUUUGUUUUUUGUUUUUUUUGUUUUUUUAUUUUAAACCUAUUCAAGCCAUUGCCAUCCUCCCAGCUUUAGUUUCCUUUGAGGAUCUAUUGACUGAAUUAUUUUCUGUGUUCGUGAUAUUCACAUUUAGAGAACCUUUUGUGGCCGGCUAUUCACCUGUAAGGUUUGAAUGUCCUUUCUUGCUUUUUUUUAUAGCCACUAUUGUAAAUGUGCCAAAUGUCUUGAGUUUAUCAAAAAUACUGUACAAUCCCCAAAUAGAUGACCACCACAGUUUGUUUGGAAGGAUGUCUGUUUUAUUGUGCAUUUUUACAACUGUGUACAUAAAAUGCCUGAUGGGAUAUUCCAUGUUUUUCAAAGGGGAGGGAACAUCAUUGAGCUUGUAUAUUUUGUAUAAAGUUAUUAAACUGUUUUUCAAAGUA